AUGCCGGGGAGGAUGGAUGUGGAGGGAUUGGAUCAUGCCUCUACUGUCGCCCCUGUGAAUCCCUUGGCACACUUUCCGAAAUACUGGAAAGGCCACUAUGAGGAUGUGGAGCUACGCUUUUGUCUGCCGGAUAUUAAGCGAAUUAUGGAGUGGCAAGGGAUUUCGGAAUCUGCUUUGGAAAGGAUCCUGGCCACUUCUGGGGUGGAUGCUUCCGGUGCUCCAAAACUUUCGCUAUUCGUGACCGUCUAUGUUUUCGACAAGAAUGUGACUUCACUACUACAAUCCCAGCGUCGUCUCGAGGCCAAAAUUCGCGAGCAAAAGCACCUAGCUUUUGACGAUCAACUGGAAAGCAAGACCUAUUGGAAUCUGCCCUUCAAUCAAGUGAUCAAGCGUCAGGCCGGAUACCAUCAGCCGUGUGGUCACAGCUCUAAAGCAAAAUGGACGAAGAAAUUGGAGUUUGAAAGCGGAAACGGGCGAAAAGGGCCAAAGUUGGAAAAGUUAGAAGGCGGAGGUAAUUGCUAUGCGGUUGGUGGCCAAGUGAAGGUCCUUGAGGAAUUUUCCGGUGAUUUCUCCAUCUAUCUGGAAAUCCGAAACUCGGCCAACAAGCGAGCCGUCCCCGAGAGCUGCCAAAAUCAGGGUGCUGAUGGCUGUGGGGGAUUUGGAUCUUGCCUCUACUGCCACGCCUGCCAAGCCUUCAGCGAUGUCCAAGGUGUCCGAGCGGAGCUUCAGUUGGAUGGAAAGGCUAUGAAGUGUUCGGACGGCCUUAAAAAAGGCGUCUACGAGAACCUUCGCCUCGUCUUCUGCCUCCCAAAAAUUGACGAGAUUCUGAAGUCCCAGGGGCUCAACCAGGAUCAAUUUUUGCAGCUGUUGGGCAGCGAGCAGAUGCAAACGCAGCAGAGGAUCGAGUCAGUCUAUAAGAAGACGAAGAAGAGCUUCUUCAAGGACGAGCCCCUCCCCGCCGACGUCUAUUGGAGCUUGCCGUUUAACAAGAUGAUCAAGGAGCAGAGCACCUAUGUGGCCUGCCACAAGAUUUAUGGAAAUAUUAAAAUUAACAAG